CGGCUCGGUCACCAUGCCUACCCGAGUGUGUUGCUGCUGUUCUGCUCUGCGUCCUCGCUACAAACGCCUGGUGGACAACAUAUUCCCGGAAGAUCCAAAAGAUGGCCUUGUUAAAGCUGAUAUGGAGAAAUUGACAUUUUAUGCUGUAUCUGCUCCAGAGAAACUGGAUCGAAUUGGUUCUUACCUUGCAGAAAGGUUGAGCAGGGAUGUUGUCAGACAUCGUACUGGGUAUGUUUUAAUUGCUAUGGAGGCAUUGGACCAACUUCUUAUGGCCUGCCAUUCUCAAAGCAUCAAGCCAUUUGUAGAAAGCUUUCUUCAUAUGGUAGCAAAACUGCUGGAAUCAGGGGAACCAAAGCUUCAAGUUCUUGGAACAAAUUCUUUUGUCAAAUUUGCAAAUAUUGAAGAAGACACACCGUCGUAUCAUAGACGUUACGACUUUUUUGUAUCUCGCUUCAGUGCCAUGUGUCACUCCUAUCAUAGUGAUCCAGAAACACGAACAGAAAUCCGAAUCGCUGGAAUCAGAGGUAUUCAAGGUGUGGUUCGUAAAACAGUAAAUGAUGAACUUCGGGCUACCAUUUGGGAGCCUCAGCAUAUGGAUAAAAUUGUUCCAUCCUUGCUGUUCAACAUGCAAAAGAUAGAAGAGGCUGACAGUCGCAUAGGCCCUCCUCCUUCUCCUUCAGCAGCAGACAAAGAAGAGAAUCCCUCUGUGCUGGCUGAAAACUGCUUCAGAGAACUGCUGGGCCGGGCGAGCUUUGGGAAUAUGAAUAACGCUGUGAGACCAGUUUUUGCGCAUUUGGAUCAUCACAAACUAUGGGAUCCCAAUGAGUUUGCAGUUCACUGCUUUAAAAUUAUAAUGUAUUCCAUUCAGGCUCAGUAUUCUCACCAUGUAAUCCAGGAGAUUCUCGGACACCUUGAUGCUUGUAAAAAAGAUUCUCCACGGGUUCGAGCAGGUAUUAUUCAGGUUCUAUUAGAGGCUGUUGCCAUUGCUGCUAAAGGUUCCAUAGGACCCACAGUGCUGGAAGUCUUCAACACCCUGUUGAAGCAUCUGCGUCUCAGUGUUGAAUUUGAAGCAAAUGAUUUACAGGGAGGCUCUACAGGUAAUGCCAACUUAAACACAAGUUCCAAAGACAGUGAUGAGAAGAUUGUGCAGAAUGCUAUCAUCCAAACAAUAGGAUUUUUUGGAAGUAACCUACCAGAUUAUCAGAGGUCAGAAAUCAUGAUGUUCAUUAUGGGGAAAGUACCUGUUUUUGGAACAUCUACACAUACUUUGGAUAUCAGUCAAUUAGGGGAUUUGGGAACCAGGCGGAUUCAAAUAAUGUUGCUGCGAUCUUUGCUUAUGGUGACUUCUGGAUACAAAGCGAAGACAAUCGUUACUGCACUGCCAGGGUCUUUCCUGGACCCUUUGCUAUCACCGUCCCUCAUGGAAGACUAUGAACUGAGGCAGUUAGUCUUGGAAGUAAUGCAUAAUCUCAUGGAUCGCCAUGACAACAGGGCAAAGCUUCGAGGGAUCAGAAUAAUACCAGAUGUGGCUGACCUAAAAAUAAAAAGAGAAAAAAUUUGUAGACAAGACACAAGUUUCAUGAAAAAGAAUGGGCAGCAGCUAUAUCGGCACAUAUAUUUGGGCUGUAAAGAAGAAGACAAUGUUCACAAAAACUAUGAGCUACUUUAUACUUCUCUUGCUCUUAUAACUAUUGAAUUGGCCAAUGAAGAAGUAGUUAUUGAUCUCAUUCGAUUAGCCAUUGCUUUACAGGACAGUGCAAUUAUCAAUGAAGAUAAUUUACCAAUGUUCCAUCGUUGUGGAAUCAUGGCGCUGGUUGCUGCAUACCUCAACUUUGUAAGUCAGAUGAUAGCUGUUCCUGCGUUUUGCCAGCAUGUUAGCAAGGUUAUUGAAAUUCGAACUAUGGAAGCCCCUUAUUUUCUACCAGAGCAUAUUUUCAGAGAUAAGUGCAUGCUUCCAAAAUCUUUAGAGAAGCAUGACAAAAAUUUGUACUUUUUGACCAACAAGAUUGCAGAGUCACUAGGUGGCAGUGGCUAUAGUGUUGAGAGGUUGUCAGUCCCAUACGUACCACAAGUGACAGCUCUCUUUCCUUCAGGCAAAAAACCUCAUAAACCCAGGCACAAGUGCAAAGAUGAAGAUCGACUUUCUAGAAGGAAGAGUAUUGUGGACACCGUAUCCAUUCAGGUGGAUAUUUUACCCAACAGCAUUCCUUCUGACGAUGUGGUUAGUAACACUGAAGAAAUCACCUUUGAAGCACUGAAGAAAGCAAUUGAUACCAGUGGAAUGGAAGAACAGGAAAAGGAAAAGAGGCGUCUAGUGAUAGAGAAAUUCCAGAAAGCACCUUUUGAAGAAAUAGCAGCACAGUGUGAAUCCAAAGCAAAUUUGCUUCAUGAUAGACUUGCUCAAAUAUUGGAACUCACCAUACGUCCUCCUCCCAGCCCAUCGGGAACACUGACCAUCACUUCCGGGCACGCCCAAUACCAGUCUGUCCCAGUCUACGAGAUGAAGUUUCCAGAUCUGUGUGUGUACUGAGUGGCUCAUGAAGACCUCAGCAGAAAGUGUAACAACUAGGGCCAAGCUGACUUUUCAGGG